ACGUAUAAUGUGAUUAUGGUGAGUAUUGCGAUCGGGUGUAUGGAUGGCGGGGGGAGGGGCGGGGGAUAGCGGAGGGGAUUGGAUUCCGCUGUUCGUCUCUCUCUUUUGGUUCCUCUCUCUUCUGGUUUUGUAUACGGGAUGGACGGAUCAUCUGGAAGGGAGGCCAUUUUUGAAUACACAAACACGCGCACACACGUACACAGACGUCUAUACCUACUGCUGCUUGGCGUAUGCUUCUUUUCUGUAUCUUGUAUAUAUCCACGCAUUCUAUUUCUCUCUCUGUGUUUCUCACUCUUUCCCCUUUUCUUCCCGUCUCUCUAUCCACGCCUCUCCCAUUACUUCCUUGGGUCUGCUCACCAAGAUAUACAUACAUGCCGCCUCCGCCCUCCCCCCCGCGCAAGCAUUACGCCGUCGUGGAUCUCGGAUGAAUUUUUGGUUUAUAUCCAAAAACGUGUCUUUUAUUUUUUGCUACCUAUAUCCCGGCGAAGAAAAAUAGUCGAGUGGGUUCAUCAAUAUCAAUCUGACGGAGUAUGAAUGGGUUUAAAUAGUUUUUAUGCACCAACCCAGCGCUGUGCUAGGGCGCUCGUAUUUAGGCACUAUUACACAAGUACGUGUACCCCUCCAAGCUUGUGUAGCAGGUACCUGAGGUAUUCAACGCCUAUUAGGUAUAAUGCCUGUGUUUCUUCACAAGAA